AUGCAGUCGCAUUCUUCCACGGAACAUCACAAUAGAGUACGACUCGGAACAAAGAGUUGUACAGAAUGUCGCCGCCGAAACGUGAGCUGUGUAUUUGACGAGCGUCAAAGAAAGUGUCGUCAAUGUGUGGCUCACUCUCUUCUUUGCGAGUCGCAACAAGUACCACAACAAUCUUGCGAUGAGAAGGACCGAAUAAUACAUGAAUUGAACCAGUUUGUCACUCAAGUCGAGUCGCGUAUGGUAGAAAUGCAAGAAUCCAUCAGAAUCUUGACAAGCCAACUCGACAAAUGCAACGUUGCUGGCUCUGCUGACUCUCCCGAGAGCCCUCAAGACAAUACCACACCAGAAGAUUCACAACUGCAAAACCUCAAAGAAACUCCAGACAAUGAAUAUGUGUCCCAGACUCCUAUGCCGCAGUUGGAGUUGGUCCCGGGCGACCUCAUCUUGAAUCCACAGACACUCUUGAGGAUCCUGGACUACUCCUACUCUGGAGAUCAACUACGAUCCAGUCUUAUGCUGUGGCCUUUUGCAAUAAUUCACAAUAAUCAAGAUGAAUACGGAGUCUUCUGCAACCGCGACAAGAUAUUCGAUGCAUUGCAAUCCAGAGACGUCGGGCUUGUAUCUAAAUGCCUGGUCUGGAUCUGUCUUCUCCUCUCACAAUUACCGAAAGACUUCAAAGAUGCCGAGACUGGCUUACCUCUGUGCCCCGAAGACUUCAUCGAUCGCAUCCUCACGCAGGUAUCAAUAUUAUACCUUGCAGACUGCACACCGGCUUGCAGUAUCGACUCCAUUGAAGCGCUAGUUCUUCAAUACGAGUUAUUCAUUGCAAUUGGUCGUCCGAGCAAAGCAUGGAAAUGCAUUAGAGCCGGCAUUGAGAAUGCUCUAUUACUAGGCCUUCAUCUUCGUCAAAGCCUGCUGUGGGAUGCUUUAUGGAUUCGAGAUCGUCAAAUAUCUCUCAUUAUAGGGCUGCCUUAUGGCACCCCCAAUUCAGAUAUACACACUCCUGGCCUCGACACUUUGAGAAAAAUCGGACUGCUGUCAGGAUUUAUUAGCGACAGAGAUCGAUUGCGCCAAGACACGCCUUUCAGUGUAAUGACAAACAUCGUCGACGAGAUGAAGGGGCUCAAAAUCAUGAUACCAGAUGAACGGGCAGAAACUGACUUGAACUCUGCAUUUCCACCACUCGGAAAUGCCAUCAUGAGGCUCUACAAACAUACUCUCAAUAUAAUGAUUCAUUUGCCUUAUUCUCAGUUUGCGGGCUACGACAAGCAGUUUGAGUACACCCGUAUCGAAGUUUUGGAAUCAGCCGAAGGAGCAAUACAGGCUCACAGGGAUAUUAGUUUAAAGACAAAAGUUCUAUACGACUUUCUUGCAUUCAACGCUGCUAUCAUGCUCGUCGUCGACUUGGCAGCCAAAGAGACUCCGAGAACGAUGGAAGAAGAGGAACGCAUUUGGACUGUCAUUACAGAAUUUGUUAGCAGGCUAAGGAAGACGGGUGAGGUUUUGGAGAAUACAACAGCUGAACAGGCAGCCGAUGUGCUUGAGACAUUGCAUGCUGCAUGCAAAGGCAGGUAUCGGGGUCAACUCUACCCAUAUCAAGUGACUAUACCCUACUUUGGUAGAAUCCGUAUCAGCCGCCAGGCUGGCGAGUCGGAGGCUGCAAAGACUACUGUUGAACUCGAAUCGAGCGUAUAUACCUUUCGAGUGCCGCCAAAUGAGAAGUUGACUAAGAACGAGUUGACCGAUGACUGGACCAAGAUAGAUCUAUAUGAGUCUUAUGGAUGGAGGGGCAUUUACACAUUCGUCGAUGACGUAUCAGGCUUGCCAUAG